CACCAACUAUUUUUUCUAUGUUCACGCUAUUCUUGGAGCAUAAUCAUUUGUACUUGUAUAUACCUUAAAGAAAAAAGAUUGCGCAACCUGUUCGGUGAAAUAUCUCAAAGAUAAUUUCGGUUUUGAAGGUAAGUAUAUAAUUGAAAGGUUGGAAUUUUAUAUAUUCAGAAGAUGCACGGAAGAAAGGCGUACGAGCUGGUGAAAGAGUUUUCUACUGGUGAAAAAGGGCAUCUCAAGAUUUUCAAUAAUGAGCUGUUUGAGAGAGUAAUUGAAGAAUGCAAUGAACAUCAUAAUGCACUCGAGUCAUUAAUAAGGAAAAUGCAAGAGGAGGGACUGGAAGUCCAAACAGCUAAAACUGCAGACCACUAUGGAUCACUCAUCCACCACCUUUCUCUAAUUCGCAACAAGCGAUGCCUAAUGGCAUAUGUGUACAAUCGUGCAGAAAUUCUAAGAGAUUUGGCAUGGAAGGUAGGGUUACUUCAUGAACUUCCACCUGAAAUUCAGGAGAAGUUCAGUGACUCAGAGGAACAGUAUUUCAAAGAUCAUUCCAAGUCUUUGAAAUUAUACAUGUCACAACUGAGCCUUGACGUGAAUGUGGAUAUGGUGCCUCCAAAAGAUCCCUACAUCAAAGUAAGGGUGCUUGAAGAUUUAGGUAGCGGAAUAAUUCUCAGCGAUAAAUCUGCCAAUUUUGCUCGUCAUUCAAUGCACUUUCUCAAACGAACUGAUGCUGAGCAAUACAUUGCACGGGGCUUAAUGGAGGAGUUGACAGGCUGAACCUGAAAGAGGUAUAUCAACCAUGUCUUUUCCCUCUGCUCCAGAAUAAAGGUGUUUCAAAUUCGAUACUAAUAUAUCGAUUCAGUUGCCACUAAAGAAUCCUGUUACCAGACCUGUUGGUUAAUUCUUUGUAUGUUCGUUUUAGCUCUUGGCAAAUGUAACUUGAACAAGAAGAAAAAGGACAAGCCUUUUCCCCCCCUUAUGGAUGAUACAAAUGAAGUUAUCUAGAUUCUUUCAUGGUAA